AAUUUCUUAAUGUCAUUUUUAUUGUUCUUUUAUUAAAGAAAAGCUGUAUCAUUUCUUACAAGUAGGGUACAGUCUUACAAAUAAUAACAUAAUCCUGAAAAUUCGAUUAAUAAAUCAUCGAUUUUUAUAAAAUUAUUGUAAAUCAGUCGAAGGAAAAUUUUUAUUCUAAACUUCGUUUCUAUAUAAAUAAUUUCUAAAUUAAAAUGCAAAAACGUUCUAAAAGAAGCCCUAAUACUCAUUCAUCUCCUGAAGAUUGCGAUACAACAAUUGUUAUCAAGCAUUCAACAUCAAAACCAAAUGUUAAAUUCGAGCCAAUGGAAGAAAAAGAUUUUGAAGAUUUCACUCCUCAUAAAACUCCAUCGCAGCUGUCAGUUAGAACUACAAUCAACAUUGAUGAUUCUCCCGAUGGCAAAUACGGCACAGAAGGCACAACUGAAUCUGAAGAUGAAGGAACUGUAUAUUAUCCCAGAGCGCAUCGUCCAAAGAAAAAACAAUUUACUCCAGAGUCUCCUCCCAAAAAAUUACCUUUCAUUCGUUAUAAAAUAGAAUUAACUGAUUCUGAUGACGACGAUGAUGAUUACUUUAUACCCAUUAAACCUGCUUUACAUGAAAGUUUAGGAAAACGCAAUGCUUCGAGAUUUAGAGAACACGGAUAUAACGUGAAGCAUAAAAUUUUAGUAGGGAAUGACGGCGCAUCAAAAUAAUUAACGUGUCAUUUGGUUUAAUUGCUAUAUCAUAGAUUGUUAUCUCGUUAAAAAUUAAAACAAAAUAAAUUUUUUAAAGCAAGAAAGUGUCAUAAUGUAAAUUGCUUUUAUCUCAAUCAUCUUACAGUAGGAAACUUGAAAAUGUCUGUGUGGUGCAUCCCUCUGAUUCUGUCACUCUAGGCGACUGCCUAUAUCGAGUCUUGUUAAGU